AUGGCAGUCACCAAAUUCGGACUCCUUGCCCUUUUCGCUGUCAGCGCCAUUCAAGUCAGUGGCAAAUCUACCAUACAGCCGCCCGCCAGAAAUGCCAUACUCAACCAGGCGACAUCGCAAGGAUGCUUCAGCACUCUCUCAUCAGAGGCAAGUGUCGCCCAGGACAGCACUUUCAUGUCCACUGGCCAAUGCUUGAGCCACUGCGAGAAAGAGAAGAAGAGUGUUGCCGCUCUUCAUGCAACCAAGUGCUACUGUUCCGAGACCUAUCCGGCCAAAGCAUCGCUUGUGGAAGAUGAUCAGUGCAACUUUCGCUGCCCUGGCUACCCUCGAGACGCCUGCGGGGGCUUGAACCCGGAUGUCUACAGCGUGUACAACACAGGGAUUGAUUUGGAUCCAUCGUAUGAUACAGAUGAAGGCAAGGACGACGAAUUAUCCACCACUGGUUCUGGCAGCACAACAACUGAGGAUGCAAAAACAACCUCGGUUGCAACCAGCGUCUCCGACACUACCAUCGACGUUGCCUCAGAGACUGAAACUUCAGAGAUGAGCACACCCACACUUCAUGCCGAAGAGACUUCAAAGGUCGCACCUGUGGUAAAUGCAAAUACUGCUGCUGCGACCCCCAGCGCUUCUGCCUCGACUGUUCCAGAAAACGCCUCGCCGCGGCUCUCCAAUCCCAUCGGCAAUAUUAUCAAAAUGAUGGCAUAUCUACUCUGA